GGGCGGGGCGGCCGCGGCAGCCGGGCUGCGCUGCGCUGCGCUGCGGGGGGCGCGGGCGGCGCGCGCACAAAGGCGGCGCGCGGCGGGGCAGCGGCACCGGCUCCGGCAGCGGCACCGCCCCCGGCCCGGGCCCGGCCCGGCCGCCGCUCCCCGCCAUGCCCGGCUCCAUCUACCAGCCCGACGGCGCCGAGGCCGCCCGCCGCCCGCCGCGGCGCCUGGCGCUGCUCAGCCCGCCGCCGCCCGCCGGGCAGGAGCCGCCGGAGCCCGAGCCGGAGCGGGCGCGGGAGGGGCCGCCGCAGGACGAAGCCGCCGCCCUGAGGUUCGCCCUGGACCAGCUCUCGCUGCUGGGGCUGGAGGAGGCGGGCGAGGCGGCGGAGGCGGCGCUGGCCGAGCCGGAGCCCGGCGGCCUGCUGGAGCGCGGCGGUGGGAGCGGCAGCCCCCCGGCCGCCGGUGCCGCCUCGCCGCCCGCCGCCUUCGGCAGCUUCGCGCCGCACCUGGGCGCGCCCGCGGCGCUGCUGGCCGAGCAGCUGGGCGUGCUGGGCGGCAGGAAGCGGAGCGUGAACAUGACCGAGUGCGUGCCCGUGCCCAGCUCCGAGCACGUCGCCGAGAUCGUGGGCCGCCAAGGCUGCAAAAUCAAAGCCCUGCGCGCCAAGACCAACACGUACAUCAAGACGCCCGUCAGGGGCGAGGAGCCCGUGUUCAUCGUCACCGGGCGGAAGGAGGACGUGGAGAUGGCGAAGCGGGAGAUCCUCUCGGCUGCCGAGCACUUCUCCAUGAUCCGGGCGACGCGCAACAAAGUCAACGGGCUGCCGGGAGCCCUGCAGGGGCCCCCCAACCUGCCGGGACAGACCACCAUCCAGGUGAGGGUCCCGUACCGCGUCGUGGGGCUGGUCGUGGGGCCCAAGGGAGCCACCAUCAAGCGGAUCCAGCAGCAGACGCACACCUACAUCGUGACGCCCAGCCGGGACAAGGAGCCCGUCUUCGAGGUGACGGGCAUGCCCGAGAACGUGGACCGGGCCCGGGAGGAGAUCGAGGCGCACAUCACCAUGCGGACAGGCUCCUUCGUCGACGUCCACGCCGACAACGACUUCCACUCCAACGGCACCGACGUGUGCCUCGACCUGCAGGGCGGCGCGGCCGGCCCCUGGGCCAAAGCCCCCCACCCGGCGCGGCGGCCCUCGGCCGGCCUCCGCCACGACAGCCUGGGCUCCGCCGAGUCCUACUACGGCGGGCGGGCGGCGGACGCCAGCCCCACCAGCCCCUACGGCCCCAGCGGCGGCUUCACCUUCGGCGAGCCCCCGGCGCCGCUGGCCUCGGAGGAGCGCGACUUCGGCUUCGACUUCCUGGCGCUCGACCUCACGGCGCCCGCCGCCAUCUGGGCGCCCUUCGAGCGCCCCGGCCACCCCUUGCCGGCCUUGGGCGGCGGCUCGCGGCGCCGCGGCAGCGGCACGGCCACGCCGCGCCACUCGCCCACGCUGCCCGAGGGCGGCGCGGCGCUGGACCACCCCUCGGCCCGCCGCAUCCCCAGCGACCCCGGCGGCGCCCUGCCCUGGCUGCCCGCCCAGGGCUCCCUCUCCUCCUUCUCCACCAGCACCGGCUACUCCUCCUCCUCCUCCUCGCUGCCCGGCAGCGUCUCGGCCGCCUCGGGCUCGCCCACCGACUCCAGCAGCUCCGAGGGGCCCCGCAAGAGCUCCCGCGAGUGCGUGGUGUGCCUGGAGAGCGAGGUGAUGGCCGCCCUGGUGCCCUGCGGCCACAACCUCUUCUGCAUGGAGUGCGCCGCGCGCAUCUGCGGCGCCGCCGAGCCCCAGUGCCCGGCCUGCCGCGCGCCCGCCACCCAGGCCAUCCCCAUCUUCUCCUAGCCGCCGCCGCGGCCCCCCCGCCCCCGCCCGCGCAGCCUUUUAAGGACUCUGAACUGUUCGAAUCGACCUUUUUAUUUAACGGAUCCGACGGGGGACGUGGGGCGGGAGGGGGAAGAGAGAGGAGUAUUUCUUGCCGGAUGGGAAGCCGGAGGGCGACGAUCGCGGGGGCGGGAGGGACGGCGGAAACGAAAGGGGUCGGGAGGGGUGGGGAAGAAGGGACCGAAGAAGACGACGAGGAAGAGGGGCGUGAAGUUGCGGAGAGGAGAGAGAGAAAAAAAAAAAAAAUCAAAUGUUUACAGAAUAGCUUUAACUCUUAACCCGGCUGUGGCGGCUGGGAGGAGAAAGCCCAGCUGGUCUUCAACAGUCCUUUCCAAAUACCAGUAUUCAGUUUGCAAAGUUAAAUAAACAGAAAGAAAAGGUCCGGUUGCACUUUUUAUUUUAGGACACGCAAGGGUUGUCUUUUAUUUUUUUAAAAGCAUUCUAUUAUUAUUAUAAUUUUUUUGUCGUCCGUUCUUUUUGUAUGUAGUUAUUUUUUUGGAUGAGUCUCGACGGUUCUAUAAAUAUAUAUAUAUUUUUUUUGUAACGCAGGUCUAUCUUCUAUUUUGCCAAUGUGAAAACUGCCCAAAACGUGUUAAGAAAGGGGUCUCGGCUGGGGGGGGGCCAGGCCGGGGCGGGGGCGCCUCGUGGGACGGAGGGGGGCACGGUGAACACGUCACGUCGCAAAAAAAGGAAAAACCCGACAAAUUUCUAUCUCCUUUUUAUUUUGUGGUUGGUUUUUUUUUUAGUUUUAUUUUUUUAUUUUUUACCUCUUUAUGUAUAUGUAGGGAAUUUAUAGGAAAAUAUGUACUUUAUUGAAUAAAUUUUAAAAACUAAGAUAUAUUUUAUUUUAAAAAGAAAAUAACGGACCUUUAACCUUACAUGGCUAAAGUACUGAUUAUAUAUUUGCUGAGCUGACUUGACGGUUAUGAAAAUUGUAUCAAGAGUUUUAUUUUUUGACUUCAAAGCCUUCUUAAUAAAGACUUUUUACUAUAUACCAA